AGUGACUCACAAAGCAAAAAGAUCAAAUUCUGAUUCCUCCUCCUCCUCCUCCUCCGACUAAAAAACACCAUUUCCAUCAUCGUUUCUUUUCCUCCGAUUCUCGCCUUUCUUCGGAUUAUUCACUCUUCUGCUCGAAAGGGCAGUGCUUGAGAAUCAUUGAAGAAGGUGAUCGCUGGUGCUGAAACUGGAAACAGAUACACCGUCCGCUCAUCUUUGUAUUUUAGAUAAUUCAAAGCUUGACCAGAGCCAAAGAGGGUUAACCAAAGUUAGGAGCUCUCAAGAACUUGGAGUUUUGCUUCCUUUUUCGUAUCAUGCCGUAUUAUAUUCAGAGGCUUUUCAAUACUUGCAAGGCAUCUCUCUCAUCCAAUGGACCUGUGUCUGAGGAGGCCUUAGACAAGGUUCGCAAUAUGUUGGAGAAAAUCAAGCCUUCUGAUGUUGGUCUCGAACAGGAAGCACAAUUGGUGCGUAACUGGCCUGGUCCUGGGAACGAGCGUAAUGGAAACCAUCAUUCUCUGCCAGCUAUAAAAUACCUUCAGUUACAUGAGUGUGACAGCUUCUCGAUUGGAAUUUUCUGCAUGCCACCUGGGUCUAUCAUACCACUUCAUAAUCAUCCAGGCAUGACAGUGCUAAGCAAGCUUGUUUAUGGUUCUAUGCACGUGAAGUCAUAUGAUUGGGUUGAGCCUGACCAAUCAGAGCUAGACGAUCCAUUACAAGCAAGACCUGCAAAGCUGGUCAAGGAUACUGAUAUGACUGCCCCUACCCCAGCGACCACUCUAUAUCCAACAACCGGCGGCAACAUUCAUUGUUUCAAAGCCAUUACUCAUUGUGCAAUCUUCGACAUCUUAUCUCCUCCAUACUCUUCUACUCAUGGCAGACACUGCAAUUACUUCCGGAAAUCCCCAAUACGAGACUUACCUGGUGAGAUUGAAGUGAUGAAUGGACAAGUGAUCUCAAAUGUUACAUGGCUCGAAGAGUAUCAACCUCCUGAUAGCUUUGUGAUCUGGAGAGUUCCGUACAGAGGUCCUGUGAUUAGAAAAUGAGAUUACAAAAAGGUUUAAGCAUAUAAGAAAAGAGCAGAAAGAGAAAGGAGCUUACCAUCAGGACUCGGGAGAAUAAUUGGUAAACCAUUCAGAGGCUGGCUGCAUAAUGGUCGGGUUCUUUACAUAUUUGUGACCACAUUAAGUUCCAGCUUAUUUCGUUGUAUGAUAAUAUGUUUACUACAUACAAUCUUUAUGAUUACUUCACUACUAGUUCAAUAUUAUAAUUUUUUUGGUCCCUUUUUAUA